UCAUUAUGUACUAAAACAAAAACGUGUUGGAAGUAAAGUUCAGAGUUGAGAGCUUGAGCGGGUUUAUAGGGCAGGAAGCUGAAGCUAGCAGAGUUAGCAUUAGCUCGUAGUAGUUUUGCCGUUUGCUUCCACGUGUUCCAUUCAUCGAUCAAACCGAAGAGGCCGACUGUUGCCAAGAAGUCCAAAAAGGGAGCCGGAUGGAAGUUCACCUUGGACCUGACCCACCCUGUGGAGGAUGGGAUCCUGGACUCUGCAAACUUUGGCUCCCUUCCCUAGCUUCCAAUUUGCUAGGGUUACCUUCCCUAGUGUGUCAUCGUGCUCUGUCCCACAGGAAACCUUCCUCAAGGAGAGGAUAAAGGUCAACGGAAAGACGGGGAACCUGGGAAACAUCGUCCAGGUCGGCCGCAUGAAGAACAAGAUCAACGUCUCGUCUGAGAAGCAGUUCUCCAAAAGGUAUCUCAAGUACCUAACGAAGAAGUACCUGAAGAAGAACAACCUCCGUGACUGGCUGAGAGUGGUGGCGUCUGACAAGGAGACGUACGAGCUGCGUUACUUCCAGAUCAGUCAGGACGACGAGGAGGAGUCGGACGCAGACGAGUAAACGGCUGCCUGUGUGUCAGCAGCUGGAGCAGGAGAAUAAAUGUGGAAAAAGAA